UUUCUGGUGAACAGAAGAAACGACUGUGAUGAUUAAGAUGUGUUUUUACAAUUCAUACGGUUUUGUUUCAUCUGCUAUUGCAGUGGAAAACGAUAUUAUAAAUAUAUACUGUUAUAUAGACAAUUUAGAAAUGUUACAUUUAUUAAUAGGUUUACGAGGUUUUUAGACAUCGUCUUAAGCAGGGUCUUCAAACGAUAAAAAUGGCUUCAAGACGUUUAAGAAUAAAGCCUGUUGCUAAUGUCCCUGUCCGUCGAGGGAAGGUGAACAGCGAGAAUGUAAGAACUGAUGAAGCAGGUGAGAGUGGAGAGAAGGAAGACAUGACAAAAUUGGAACAAGAAGGAUCAGACACUUUGUCCAUGGGUGGAAAUUCACCAAAUAAUAACUCCUUACCUUGUGAAGAUAGUGAACCAAAUGAUAUUCCACACAAUGUUGUGAUUGCUUCAUCCUCUCAGAAUAUAGAUUGUUGCCUUAAAAACGUUAAUGAAGUCUCAUCUGCAAGUCAACAUGGUACAGAUGAAACUGUAAAGUCACAAGAAAGUGAGGUUGGGAAAGCUGAGGUAGAUGCAAGCGAAUCAGCUGCUUGUAAAAGCAAGUCCCUUGUUUUGUGUACAACACCAUUAUUAGAUAAGAUUCCACUGGGACCUGUUCGGAAGCGUAUGAAGCCUGCUGUUAGCAUCCCUGCAGUUACAAGAAGACCAAGAGUGUUGUGUAAAGUUGUAAGUGAUGAUAAACUGGAAAUUGUAUCAUCACUUGUUAAUUCUAAUAAAAAUAUCCAAGAAGGAAGUGUACAGCAAAACAUAGUAACAGAUGAGAAUGUUAGUGAGGGGGCCAGUAUUAUGCUUCCUUGUUAUCAGAAAGGAAAUAAUGAGGUGUCUUUGUCAGGUGGAAAGAGUAUUGGUCUUGGAGUUCCAGGAAUAGCACAAAUAAUACCUACUGGAACAGCUAUUCGUCCUCAACUUGACGGUAAUAUAGGUGUCUCCGGACAAAUUUAUGGGAAUGGAGAAGCCCCCCAUUCCUUGCCAGAACCAGAUUUGCCUUCAGAAGAAGCUGGUGGAGGGUAUAGUAAAGUGUUACUAAAGCCAUCAUCAUCUCAGGUGAAUGUAGUUCAAAGAUCAAGAUUCAUUAAACCAAGACCUCAAAUUUUGGAUCCGAGCGUUCGUAAAUGUAAGUCUGUGGAUGGCAGCGCAAGUAAUCGUGAAUCUGAUGACGCAAGUAAAGCACAUUCUUCAGAUUCAUUUCCAUUUAAUAAUGACAGUGGGAAAGUUGUGUCAAGACUUGAUUGGCAAACUCCAAAUCUGAUUGACAGAAUUGAAAGUCUGAAACCAGAAAAUGCAAGUGCCACUGAAUCAGAAGAUGAAUCUAGGAGAUGUGUAUCAGAUACUGAUGAUAUAUCUCCUCCAGCCAGAAAGUCUGUAGAAACAUCCAGGGGAAGGUUUGUAAGGCAGACUCCUCGGUUUAUUGAGGCUUCAAUGAGACGUCACAGUAUGCAGGUUAAUGCUGUUGAAUCAGAAGAAGAACUUUCGAAACAGACUUGCCUAGUAACAUCACCUCACAAGAGGCAUGCUGAUACAUCUAGUGAGGAACCAGCAGCAACACCAAAUGACUUUGGAUCCUUUGAGGAAGCAGAUAAGAAAGUCACCCGAGUUCGUCGCACUGCAAGCAGUGGUAUGCAGCGUAUGGCAAGAGCUCGACAAGAGUUUCAAAACAAGUUUGGGAACCAAGCACCUGAUCGGAGCCGCCUUACAAUGUUUGAUCUCAUAUUUUACAACCCAACUACAAACCCAAUGAAAUGCUCAGACCAAGGCAAUGACAGUUCCAGAGUUUCUCAAAAUCAAAGUAGUGAUGAACAUAUAAUUGAAGAACAUUUGGAAGAGGAGCAAGUUGAUGAACCAGCUGUUGAGGGAGAGGACAGACAGAAUGAUAAGAACAGUGUCGAGGAGGAAGAAGGAGAAGAAGACAUGGCUAUGCCAGUGCCUCAAGUCAAAGUUGGGCCAGAUGGUCAGAUCAUCCUUGAUGAAAAGAGUUUGGUGAUAGAAACAACAGGCGCAAAAAAGAGCAGAGAAGAUCUUGCUAAUUCUGCUGUAAUAGUUGAUUACGGUACAGGGUAUGCAGGCUAUGGUACUUACAGCAAGAGGAACAAGAAAUCGAAGGAAUGGUCUAAACAAGAGACCCUGAAGUUCUAUAGGGCUCUUAAUACAGUAGGCACAGAUUUUCUUCUAAUGCAGUCCAUCUUUCCCAAACGAACAAGACAAGAUUUGAAAAUGAAAUUCAAGAAAGAAGAUCGCAUGAAUAGAUUCUUAGUUGAGAAGGCUCUUCGUUAUCCAUUGGACUUUGAUCUUACAGAGUUAGAAAAAGACCUGGAAAAAGAAGAGGAGGAAGAGAGACACAAGAAACUCGCAAAACUACUUAAGAAAAGGUCAUCUUGCAAGAAAAUAAAAAAGAAAAUAUCUUCAAGUAAAAGGAGUGUCAGGAAAGGUUUUCUGUCUGCCUCAAUGGAUCCUGGAGACACAGGAGACCGUCAGAAUAGAAAUAAGAGAUGUAAGAGAAGAAGAGAUGGUGGAUUGAAUGAAUUAAGUGAUGAAGGAACAUCAAGAGAAAAGCGGCCCUGCAAAGCUGGCAGAGUUAAUCAUGAGAGAGGAGAGAGUUGUUCCUCAUUAUCAGAUGAUGACAAUGAACUUGAAUUUAAUUAUGAUGAUGAGCUCAAGUUUUCUGCAGAAAAUGAACCACUUGAUACGAAUACAAAAUCUGAUAAUGACAGUGAAGGAAGUGAUAAUGAUACAAGAGAGCUGGAGUAUCUCUCCAAACCCCCAAAACCUACAAGAUCUGGUCGCAUACCUCAACCGAGGAAACUGGAUAGACUAGAGGAUGAUGUGACAUUGGGAAACAAAGGAAAGAGAACGUUGAACAGAUUGGUUAGUGCAAAUAAUAUAUUAAAACCUGGUGCUGAGAACCAGCCAUUACCUCUUGAGGAUCUUACAAAUGUGGAACCUGGUUCACUGGUUGUUUUAGCUACCCAGUCUCCUACCAACCCCAGUCAUCAUGUGUACAAGGUGUUCAUGGUACCUCCAAACCCAGCAAAUUUGUCAAGUGUUGCACCUACAAUGUCUCCUGUGCCAGUGUCUUUACCUUCAGCGUUACUGCAAUCCAUGACAGUUAAUGUAACUAGUAGCCAGUUAUGUGAUGAAUCUCAUCCCACUGAUGAGUGAAAAAGAUUUGUAUAUUUGCUUGCAAAAUACCCAUUUUAGCCCUUUGUUAUAAUUUAGAAUGUGGUAUAUUCUCCAGUCUGUGAAAGUAAUAAUAAAUAAGUUUGUAUUAAUCUGGAACAUGUAAACUAAGUAUGAUGGUGAUUCAGUGGUAGAUUUUUCGCUGUUAUAUAUUGUAUUUGUUUCAGAGGUGAUUGUAAGAAAAAUCCACAUACCUAUUCCCUUACAGUAUAUACUGAUAGUCACUUCAUAAGGACAGGCACAAGGAACAUGUUAUUUUAUUGAAAAAUGUAAAGUAUUGUAUGUCCAAUAUAAAUGACUGGUAUGUAUUUAAUUUACAGUUUAUUAUACAGACAAAUACAACUGUUUUGAGCACAGUCAACUUAAGAAAAGUAAUAAAUAUAAAAAUAAAAUGAUAAAUUAGUCAAAUUAGAAAACUGUUCUGAAUAUAAAGUGAAAAAUGUGAAAGAAGCUGCCAACAACAGAAGCCAAAAGACAAUAGACAUCAGUAGGAUAAAAGAACCAAUGAAGUCCUAAAAAAUCGCUUCACUUCUGCCUUAGUCUGUGCUUUUAAAUGGAAGUGGCAUAUUAAUUUUACAGCUUAGAAAAUUGUAUAGGUCUUGAGAAUCUGAACUGUAUCCUGUCAGCAUUUUCUGAGAAAUUUUUUAAGCUACUUAUUGUAUAAUUUUGUGUGUCACAGUUUGAAUCUCAGCCUCUUUUUCUCUUGUACUCCGGUAAACAUCCAACGUGGCACAGUGGGAGUUAAUUUGUUUGCAUUUAUAGGAUAUUCGUUCUCCAUGGCCUGAUGGUGGCUUUAUUUUUACACUCAUUGUCAUGUUUUUAUUGUUUUGGUGUAUUUACUGCCCAAUAUUUUGUAUGGUUUUGGAGUUAUCUUGCAAUGGUAUACACAUCUCUAUAAAAAUAGUAUUCUAGUGCUGGUAAAUGUACAAGUCCAGUGAAUAUUUGAAGUUGAUAGCAUAAAUGUUUUCUGAGUUUGAAUCAGGUAUACAAGAUUUCAUUUUGGAGAUGGCAGCAAAUUUAUUGGUUUUCUUCUGUUACCAUCUCACAGAAAGGUCUGUAUAUGCAAAUAUUAUGAAAUACUAUUUUUUGACACUUCAACAGGGUGAUUUGGAAUGCUCCUUAAAAAUUGGUACAAAAGGGUUUAUUGUCCUCAAAGUUCAAGGUUUGCUUCCAUUCCAGAUUACUGUUCAUGACUGUAAUCUUGAGACUAUCAGGGUAAGGAAAUGGGGAGGAGGAGGUAGGGAGGAACAGCAUCUGCUGUGUAGUAUGGUAACAUAGCAACAGUUUAGAACAUGUAUGGUCUGGAGCUUUCAUGGUGACUAAGUAUAAUAAAUUCUUGGUUGAAAGGUGAAAAAGUUGUUUUACCUUCCAACAACCUGACACGGCUGGUAGCCCAAAAAGAAUUUAUUAAAGUUUAGAACAUGUUGGCCACUAGUAAGUAUUCUUGUGUCAAUCCACUGUAGCGUAAGUAGUAAAUAUUAUUGCUUGUGUAGUAGUUGCUGAUCCAUGCUGCUGCUGCUCCUGACUUUCUCGUUCUUUGCAAAUCUCAAGAUUACAGUCGUGAACUAUACCUGUCUUGUGUGGAUUGGGCAGUAUUGCUAAUAGUAGUACUACUGUCUGCCUCUGUCUUUUAUUUCCCUUCAUUGCAAUGCAAUGUUUUUUUCAAAUUCAUUAUGCUAUAGUGCUGUAACUUACAGAGUUAUCUUCAAAAUCUUUGGAUUGUCUAUUGCACUGUCACUUUUUCUGAUAUUGUUAUGUGGUUAUUAUCUGUGAUGUAGAAACAUGGCCUUGAUAUCAACACUGAACAACAGCUGGUGAUUAAACAGGCUUUGAUUGUAGGGUGAUGUCAUUGUUAUUCUUUAUAAAUUAUUUGGUUGGGAGAAUGUGGUAUUUGCAAGUUACAUAUAAGAGGGCCUGUAAAAGUCUAAAUUUAUCCAGACUCAUAUUCUUUGUCAGUAGGUAGCACACGUAUGAUUAUUCAGAUUGAGAGCAGUUUCGAGCAUUUAGCCCAAUGAAGGGAUUUAAAGUCUAAAUGUUCUAAAGCUUUAGGGCCGGUAAAAGGUUAAACAAUUGUAUUUGGUGGUCUACUUGUUUAUAAAAUAAUUAAUGCAAUAGAUGUGAAAAACUUCAAAUUUCUGGUACAUAGUGGGUUUAGAAGGUAAAGGUGGUGUUUUCAAAAAGUCCCAGUUUGUUUGCAAAAGUACAUCAAGUUUCUGCCCAAAUAUUUGCUCAUUCCCCAAGGUAUAGCUAAUAUCAGGGUAAAUAAUUUCUCAUAUGACACCAAUUUAACAUUAGUGAAGUUACUACCGGUGAGAGUAUUGGUGUUGAAAGGUUUCUAUUUUGAAGUGGUUUGCCAAAUAUUCAAAUUUCAUACUGCAUUUUUGUUUUAGUUUUUUUUCUACCAGUGAACUUUGUUAAAGUACUUCUUUAUCUUAAUAUGCUGUUGGUCCAACAAAUGGUAGUGUUUGGCAAGUUUUGUAGACUCUAAAAUGUUAAUUUAUUUGUUAUGUGUUGUUAUUUAAUGAUGUAUUUACAAACAAUAAAGGAACUAUUACAAUA